GGAGAAGCCAAUGGGUGUGUUGGGUUAUGUUGUUACUGGACAUGCGGGCCACACUCUGCUGUUAAGUUUUCAAUGACAAGGGCAUUAAUCGUAAGCGAUUCUCGCUGAGGCAGAGACUGUGACGGGUCAUGGUGGGUUAUGAUCCCCGUGUUAAGGAUGCAGCUCUGUCCCCAGAGGAGGCUGCCUUGGCUGGGUCAGCUGCUGGGAUGGUCACACGCGCCCUUAUCAGUCCCUUUGAUGUCAUUAAAAUAAGGUUCCAGCUCCAGAUUGAACGUGUGUCAUCACAGAAACCUGAGGGCAAGUAUAGUGGAAUAUUUCAGGCUUGUCGCUGCAUUUAUAGAGAAGAAGGUCUGUCUGCAUUUUGGAAAGGGCACAUCCCCGCACAGCUUCUGUCUGUUGCAUUUGGGGCUGUACAGUUUACAAGUUUUGAGUUUCUGACGGAGGUAGUUCACAAGACAACAUCAUACGACAGUCAAACAGCAGGAGUUCACUUUGUAUGUGGAGGCCUGGCUGCUUGCUCUGCCACAGUCUUCUGUCAACCUCUUGACACUUUACGAACUCGAUUUGCAGCUCAAGGAGAACCUAAGAUUUACAGGAAUCUCCGACAUGCUGUAUUUACAAUGUGUCGCUCUGAGGGGGCGCUGACAUUUUACCGGGGCCUGUCUCCAACACUCAUGGCUGUGUUUCCAUAUGCUGGUCUGCAGUUCUUUUUCUACAAUGUCUUUAAAAAGAUGUUAGCUCCUGUCCCUAAUGCCAGAAACUCUGGAGGAAACCUGCAAAGUCUGUUGUGUGGGAGUGGAGCAGGAAUGAUCAGUAAAACUAUCACGUACCCCUUUGAUCUUUUCAAGAAGAGACUACAGGUGGGGGGCUUUGAGGAGGCCCGGCUUCACUUUGGAAAGGUUCGCACUUACAAAGGCCUGCUGGACUGCGCGGCUCAAAUUGCCAAAGAAGAAGGCCUCCAAGGGUUUUUUAAAGGCCUCUCACCCAGCCUUUUGAAGGCUGCACUGUCAACUGGCUUCACCUUUUUUUGGUAUGAAUUUUUCCUCGAUCUAAUGCGUGACCAUAAAGAAAGGCGGAUAAACGGGUUCCUCCAAAAUCCAAAGCAAAGAUAAUGGCAAAAUCACACGCACAGAGACUCACCCUAUCGCUUGGUUGCACUUUUAUAUGAAUUAUAUUGAAAGCAUCAUGUUUACAUGUAACACUGGGAGAGGACAACCUUGUAUUUGUUUUGUUUUGACACAUAUCAUGUAUUUUAUAGAGGUUUUAUGUAUUAUUUACAUUUCAUGCUACGGUUUGUUUGGGGGUAUUUUAAAGGGAACAUCUUUUAACACCAACAUUUUCUCCCUCAGUUAAUUCUGUCCAUUGUUACAUUAUACUCUAUUUUGUUAAUAAACUCUUUAAAGUUG